UUUGGCGUCUCCUCUCUCUCCGGCGAUCUUGCAGCGGCGGAGGCGGUGGCGGAGAUGGUGGGGGCGGCGGAGGAGGCGCGGCUGCGGCGGUUGGAGAGCCAGGUGGAGAACGGCGGCGGCGGCGCGUGGGAGUACCUGUGCCUCGUGCGCAAGCUCAAGCUCCGACGAUCCGACCAGGUGCUCCGCCACGGACUCGCCCUGUUGAACGAUCCCAGGGCCCGAUCCAAACUCGGCGGAGAAGAAUGGACUCUCUAUGAGCAAGUAGCCAUCGCUGCAAUGGAUUGUCAGAAGCUUGAUGUUGCAAAGGAUUGUAUUGCGACUCUUUCAAAGCAGUUUCCCUCCAGUGGCAGAGUCGGCAGAUUAGAAGCGAUGAUGCAUGAAGCAAGGGGAGCAUGGGCUGAAGCUGAAAGAGCUUAUGCACUCCUUUUAGAGAACAAUCCAUUUGAUCAGAUAACUCAGAAGAGGAGGGUUGCUAUGGCCAAGGCACAAGGAAAUAUCUCAGCUGCUGUCGACUAUCUCAAUAAAUACCUGGAAAUAUUUAUGGCAGAUCAUGAUGCCUGGAGAGAGCUUGCAGAAAUCUAUGUAUCCCUACAAAUGUAUAAGCAAGCGGCCUUCUGUUACGAGGAGUUAAUACUUGCUCAACCAACAGUACCUCUGUAUCAUCUAGCCUACGCAGAGGUGCUUUAUACUAUGGGGGGUUUAGAAAAUCUACAAACAGCCAAAAAGUACUAUGCAUUGACGAUCGAGCUGACCGGUGGCAAGAACACUCGAGCUCUCUAUGGCGUAUGCUUGUGUAGUGCAGCGAUCAGUCAACUCACAAAGGGGCGGAAUAAGGAGGAGAAAGAAGGCUCCGAGCUCCAAUCUCUGGCAGUGGAGGCCUUAACGAAGGAUUACAAGAAGCGGGCCCCCGCGAAGGUUCCUCUUCUCACAAACAUGCUGAGGAACAUGAAGCUCACCUCAUAAUCCUAACUACUGUUUUUAUUUCACAGUUUUCGAUAGUAACACCCGAUCGGAAUUAGUGAUUCAACAGUGAUUUAUUUCGAUGAGGCUAUUGAUGUAUUGAUUUUGCUUUCGAUAUGUCUCUGCGGAUUGUAUGAUAGCCGAAAAUUCAAGCCAAAUCAUGCAUUGGCCUCGUUUAGUCGAGCGCUUUGGUUGAAGUUUCGAUUUCUUUUAGCAUGAGGGCUGUCCCCGGUAGAAGCAAGGCACUUUCUACUGUGCUUGUAAGUGGGACAAAUAAUUUAAUUUUGGCUACUUUUCGAUCAACUCAAUUUAAUUUUCGCCGAGUGCUUAUAUC